CGAGCUGGUUUCCGGAAGUGGUGCUGCGGCAGCAUGCUGGCGGAGCUGGGUUUAGUCGGGACCAUAGGCGAAGAUGACGAGGUGCCGGUGGAGCCGGAGUCUGACUCCGCGGACGAGGAGGAGGAGGGGCCCGUUGUGCUGGGCAGAAAGCAGAAAGCCUUGCGGAAGAACCGUAGUGCUGAUUUCAACCCUGACUUUGUUUUCACUGAGAAGGAGGGGGCGUACGAUGGCAGCUGGGCCAUGGCUGAUGUGAUGAGCCAGCUCAAGAAGAAGCAGAGGGCAGCCACUACAUUAGAUGAGAAGAUUGAGAAAGUUCGCAAGAAAAGGAAAACAGAGGAUAAAGAAGCGAAGUCUGGGAAGUCAGAGAAGGAGAAGGAAGCAAAGGAGGGCUCUGAACCAGAGGAGCAGGAAGACUUUGAAGGGAAAGAUGAGGAAGGCUCAGAAGAUGAAGACUCAGAGACUGAUUACUCGUCAGCUGAUGAGAACAUCCUCACCAAAGCAGAUACACUCAAAGUAAAGGAGCGGAAGAAGAAGAAGAAAGGACAGGAAGCAGGAGGAUUUUUUGAAGAUGCCUCCCAGUACGAUGAAAACCUCUCUUUCCAGGACAUGAACCUUUCUCGCCCUCUUCUGAAGGCCAUUACAGCCAUGGGCUUCAAGCAGCCCACCCCCAUCCAGAAGGCAUGCAUACCCGUGGGCCUGCUGGGAAAGGAUAUCUGUGCCUGUGCAGCCACUGGGACAGGUAAAACUGCUGCUUUUGCCCUGCCUGUCUUGGAGCGUCUGAUCUACAAACCCCGCCAGGCACCCGUCACCCGCGUGCUCGUGCUGGUUCCCACCCGAGAGCUGGGCAUCCAGGUGCACUCCGUCACCAAGCAGCUGGCUCAGUUCUGCAACAUCACCGUCUGCCUGGCUGUGGGAGGCCUGGAUGUGAAGUCUCAGGAGGCGGCUCUCAGGGCAGCGCCGGACAUCCUCAUCGCCACCCCAGGCCGGCUCAUCGAUCACCUCCACAACUGUCCUUCCUUCCACCUGAGCAGUAUCGAGGUGCUCAUCUUGGAUGAGGCUGACAGGAUGCUGGAUGAGUACUUUGAGGAACAGAUGAAGGAGAUCAUCCGGAUGUGUUCCCACCACCGCCAGACGAUGCUCUUCUCAGCCACAAUGACGGACGAGGUAAAAGAUCUGGCUUCUGUCUCCUUGAAGAAUCCUGUCCGCAUAUUUGUGAACAGCAACACGGAUGUGGCCCCCUUCCUGCGGCAGGAGUUUAUCCGGAUCCGACCCAAUCGGGAAGGGGACCGGGAAGCCAUCGUGGCAGCUCUGCUGACAAGAACCUUCACUGACCACGUGAUGCUGUUCACCCAGACCAAGAAGCAGGCCCACCGCAUGCACAUCCUCCUGGGGCUCAUGGGGCUGCAGGUGGGCGAGCUCCAUGGCAACCUGUCACAGACGCAGCGGCUGGAGGCCCUCCGGCGCUUUAAGGACGAACAGAUUGACAUCCUUGUGGCCACAGAUGUGGCAGCCCGUGGACUUGACAUCGAGGGGGUCAAAACGGUAAUCAACUUCACGAUGCCCAACACCAUCAAGCAUUACGUCCACCGAGUAGGGCGAACGGCGCGGGCAGGCAGGGCUGGGCGCUCAGUGUCUCUGGUGGGAGAAGAGGAGCGGAAGAUGCUGAAGGAGAUCGUAAAAGCCGCCAAAGCCCCUGUAAAGGCCCGGAUACUUCCCCAAGAUGUCAUCCUCAAGUUCCGGGAUAAGAUUGAGAAAAUGGAGAAGGAUGUGUAUGCGGUUCUGCAGCUUGAGGCUGAGGAGAAAGAGAUGCAACAGUCGGAAGCCCAGAUCAACACAGCAAAACGGCUGCUGGAGAAGGGAAAAGAGGCACUGAACCACGAGCCUGAGAGAAGUUGGUUCCAGACCAAGGAAGAGAGGAAGAAGGAAAAAAUUGCCAAGGCUCUGCAGGAGUUUGACUUGGCCUUAAGAGGAAAGAAGAAGAGGAAGAAAUUUAUGAAGGAUGCCAAGAAAAAGGGAGAGAUGACAGCAGAAGAAAGGUCCCAAUUUGAAAUUCUCAAGGCACAGAUGUUUGCUGAGCGGCUGGCCAAGAGGAAUCGCAGAGCCAAGAGGGCCAGAGCGAUGCCAGAGGAGGAGCCAGCAAGGGUCCCUGCCAAGAAACAAAAGCAGGUGAAGAAAUCUGUAUUUGAUGAAGAACUUACCAACACAAGCAAGAAGGCCCUGAAACAGUAUCGAGCUGGCCCCUCCUUUGAAGAAAGGAAACAGUUGGGCUUGCACCACCAGAGACGGGGAGGAAACUUUAAAUCUAAAUCCAGGUACAAGAGGAAGUAGCUGUGGUGGCCUGAAGGUCGUGGGGCAGCCCUCACAUACUUCCUUAUGGGAAGUCCUCAUCCUCACUUGGACUCUUCUCCAUUUGUAAAAAAAAAAUUUUUUAAUUUAGUCCAUGUUAUUUGUAUAUUUAAAAAAGAAAAAAAGGUUGUUUGCGGUGGUGAUAUGUAGAGCUAUUUCCUAAGCAUCCUUGUGAGUCAGCCAAGGCUCACUUCUUGCUAUUGACGUUCACAUAAAGAAGAUACCAGAUUUGGGCGGGGGGGGGGGGGGGGUGUACCUAGCUGGCUCAAUUGAAGGAGCAUAUGACUCUUAAUCUCGGGGUUGGGAGUUUGAGCCCUGUGUCGGGUACAGAGAUUACUUAAACCUAAAAUUACACAUUAAAAAAAAUAUAUAUAUAUAUAUACACACACACACACCCCACCCCCAAAUGGAAGAAGUAAUUUUGGGAGAGAAUAAACUGAAUUGUAGAUUUUAUCCCUGCUCUUAACGUCAAUAUAGUCUACCCUGUAUACUUCCUGUCCAUCUUUUAUGUUUAUAGAGGAGCUGGAUAUGGAGGAAACUCUUGCUAGAAGUUCUCUUGAUGUGUCCUGAGACCUAAACGCUAUCAUUUACUGACCAUCAGCCAUGUACCAGACAUUCUGUAUACUGAGCAUGGUCUCAUUAAAUUCACUACACCCUGUGGGCAAGGUAGUUAUCCCCAUUUUGCAGAUAAACUUUCCAGAGUUACACUGUUGGGAAUCCAGGUUUUUGAAACCAGGGUCUACCUGAACCCAUACUCUGGACUGUGCUGUAGAAGUGCUACUGGAGAGAUGGAAGCUCAAAGGGGACAGAAGGGUUCAAUUAGUUCUUUGUUGUAAACACCAGCUUUUACCCUGUAGAACAGAGGUUCUCCUUUCUCAAUCCUAGGUUCCUUUGAUAAUGAAAGCAAGGGGAUAUAUAUAUGAGAAAAUAUGUUUGUAGUCUGUCCUAUAUAAUUUCAAGGAGUACAUACACCUCCCCCACGACCAGCUCAAAAAUUUUAAGUUACCAGUAGCACAUAAACUUGACAUUAAGAGUGUGUUCAAAGCUAUUCACUUAGGCUGCACCUAACAGUCACCUGCAGAGGUUUCCAUUUCAGUAAAUAGUGGCCCACCUGCAUGGUGGAGUAGGAUUCAGGCACCUCGUGUAUAUGCUUAAAGGUCCCCAAGCUCGUUGGGUUGAAAAAGCCAAGUGCAGAACUUUGUACUUUUUUUGAGUUCUAUACAUUGCCUGUGCAUAGCUUACCUCUGGAAGGACUCAUGAAGCUGUUAACAGGAUUGCCUCUGGGGAAGGAAACUUCAAGUUAUACUUUUAUACGAAACAAAAGAUUCUUUUUACCAUGAGUAAAGAGGACUCACCAGCUAAAUAAAAACUCCAUACCACAGAAA